GGUCCGAAAUUCACGAAUGUCUGUGUUAAAACAGUGCCCCCGCCCCUCUCUUUCUCUCCCUUGCCCGGGCUCCGGCGGACUGAUUCCGAGAGUCUCUAUCGUCGCUCUGCCUCUCUCACACUUAUGGGGGGACGGGAGAGAGACAGGGCGACGAAAACGAGUCUCGGAAUCAGUCUUCGGCGCGGUGCCGCCCGCAGCACGCCCGUCCACUCCACUGUUGCCACCUAUAUAACGGCGAGGAGGCCCCGGCCGGCUCAGUCUGUGCUUCCCCGCCGGCCGACGAGCAUCGCAAGCAGCUUGCCGCGCAGCCAGUGAUCUAGACGAGUUGAGUUUGCCCGUGGAAUACCGUACGCCUUCCUCCAGUGCCGACACAAUGCUGUCCGUCGUGGUGGUCUGCAUCGCCGUGGCGGCGUGCCUGUCGCCCGCCCCCGCCGGCGCGCAGUACCGGCCCUCGUACGCGCCGCGGCCCGGCGGCUUCAGCCAGGAGCUGCCGCAGUACGGCGGCCCGGCGGCGUCCAGCGACACGGACCUCGGCAACCGGGACAACAAGCCGGGCAGCCUGCCCGCGCCGGGCAUGACCAACACACUGGAGGACACCCAGCUGGCCAACCGCGUGCCGUCCUGGCCGCGGCCCAACCAGCCCUUCUGGUUCCUCAACCAGCAGCACAUCGCGCAGCACACGGGCCAGGCCGUGCCCUGCGUGGGCGCCAACUGCAACCCCGCGCCCUUCCCCGUCGGCCCCGCGCCCCAGAGCUCCUUCAUCGGCACCGCGGCCCGCACCUCUCGCGGCUAGACCGCCAAGGCCCGCACCGCCCCCCCCCCCACCGCCCCCAGCACCGCGCACCCCAUGCGGCAUGCGGCGGACUCGCGAACAGCGCCCCAGUCUCGUCCCCGUCGUCACCGAGUCGAAGGAAAGCCAGACUGUUGGAGCGGGUUCGAUUUGCGAUCGAUCUCCGGCACGCUCGAUCCUCAAAGGGCUACUCGAAGUCGCCUCGCAACCGGCCGCCGUGGUUCCCGCCAAAAGAAGGACUUCCCCGUGCGACCACAUUCCGACAAGGACGCCGCCGGGCCGCACCGGCCAUCUCGAUCAACAUGGCAGAUCUUGAGGUUGAAUCGCGACACUUGCAGUGAUUUCUGGUCGAUUAUUUUCUAGGGUAAUGUUGUAUUAGUGGUAUAAACAGUAUUAUAACAAUGUGAGAACGCUCGAAGAUGCAUGAGCUGUUGAUAAAGACUGAUUGCAUGAUUGAAAUGAUUAAGAAAUUAAAUCACGUGGUUAAAAGAAAA